GUGCCACGUGUAUGGACUCUAUUGGUGGAGAAUAGAUAGAAUCAUAUCCAUGUUAGAUGGCUUGUAUUGGUUCGGACAGAUUUUUUUCCACCACAAAUUUAGUCGCUAAGCUCGAUUCAAAAGCCAACACAAGCAAAGAAAUCAAAGGUUGUGUUGUUGCUUGAGAACACAAACAGGGAAAGGAAACAAAAAAACACACAAAUUGAAGAGAGUUGAAGCAAAAUUAUACAAGAGAAAUGGCUAGCUUCACUGCGUCCGCUUCCACCAUCUCCGUCGCUCGUCCUGCUCUCCUUCUCAAGCCCACCGUCGCCGUCUCCGCUCCUGUUCUCGGUUUGCCUCCAAUGGGAAAGAGGAAGGGAGGGGUGACAUGCUCGAUGGAGACCAAGCAAGGAAACGGCUCAGUCGUGGGUGGAGUUUCAGCGGCGGCAACGGCUGCUUUGACGGCGGUGAUGAGCAACCCGGCGAUGGCGUUGGUAGAUGACAGGAUGUCAACGGAAGGAACCGGAUUACCCUUUGGGCUGAGCAACAACCUAUUGGGUUGGAUUCUGUUUGGAGUGUUUGGUUUGAUCUGGACUUUCUACUUUGUCUACACUUCUUCUCUCGAGGAGGAUGAAGAAUCUGGUCUCUCACUUUGAACAUGAACACUAUAUUAUGUCCCUUAGCUUCAUCAGUUUGUCUCUCUCCUUUUCCAUUUUCAUGUGAGGACAUGAAUCAACAAAUUUCUUCUGGUUCCUAAAGACCCCCCCCCCCAUAAAAAAAACUAUUUUCCCGUGUACAUCUAUCUGGUUUCAAAUUCACAAUCUGUCCAAUUUUCACUAAAAUAAUGAUUAUUAAAGAUAAAAAAAAAUCUUAAGAAAAUCAAACGAUUGAAUAGAAUGAAUAAGAAAAUACGUAGACAGGGGUAAAGGCAGAAAUUAUUUUUAUAAGGGG